AUGCAGUUUAAUGUUUUGCUAGUAAAAGCAUGGAAUCGAAUAGUAGUACGGAAAAAAUUAAUCUGUGAAGCUAGUAACAAAAUUAACUUAUCUUAUCCAACACAAAAUAUAUUUCUUGCACAAUUUCAAAACUGCCUAAUCCAUGCACUUGGUAGUCCAAUUGGAAUCGAAUUAUUCAAUGAUUUCAGUUUACUAAAUGAUUGUAUAGAUUACUUACUAAAAUAUCUUGUCAAACAACAAAAUAUAUCAUUUACCAGGCCACACACGUUUGGUUACUUGUUUAGUCAACUGGCAGUGAAUAAGUCUAGCCUGUUGGGGUUACGUAACUCGGGUAUCAUUAACUUGAUGAUAGAACAAGCCUGGAAGUCUAUUGAAUAUUUCGAUUGUACAGGUCAUGCUGAGUUGACAGGUAAUUAUUCUUUACCAAGAAUAUCUAAUCCACCAAUAUGGUCAAUUGAUCCAAUCGAUAAAAUAGCUUACAAGCCGUUUAUCAAUCUGGUCAGAGUUACAACUUCAUAUGAAUCCAUUCGAAAUCUAAUGAAUGGUACUCAGUUACUUACAAAUAAGGAGAACUAUAACACUUCAACUGAUAAACCUACAAAUUUACCUGAAUUUAUUGAUCGUGUUGUUUUUGUAAAUAGCGCACCUAAACUUCAGUCUCUUUUCAAUCCUGAACAGUGUCAGUUGUUCGGUUUAAGAUUACUUUCAUGCAUCAUAUCUUGUUUGGACUCACUUCUAUGGUUUGAAACAUAUCUCAACCUAUCUGAGUAUUUGUUAGGCUUUCAAAAUGAAAACAGAAUAUUGGAUUCCAAUUUAAAUGUCAUAUAUGACCUAUUGACAAUUGAAUGCAAUUAUUUAUUAGUGAAGAUAUUCUUUAUUGGCGGACCAAGUGAACGGAGAUUACCACCAAGAGUACUGUGUCAGCACACCAAUAAGAUGUAUCCAUACACUAUUCUUCGAAGUAAACCAGAUUGUAAUGAUGACUUCUUCAACGGUACUUAUUACUAUCCAUUUGAAAGAGCUACUGAAAUGAACGAUAAGAGCUGUCAACGAUAUCCAUGCGUUCAUUGGUACAAUCAAUUGCCUUCUUCAUCGAUUAGAUCUAUUUGUCUUACUGACUUGUUACCAUUGGAUAUAAUUAAUUAUUCAGUCGCAUCGAUUGAAGAAGCAGAGAAAUGGAUUGAUCAGUGUCGAACUGUCUUUAUGAAUUCUAAAACUAUCAGUGUAUGUCGAAAUGAAUUAGGCAUAAAAGAAAAAUGCAAAUGUGUAGGCGAUUUUCUCAAUCAGUGUUUACUGGCAAUGAGCUAUUUACAGGAGUCAAAUACAAAACUUCAGCCAUUACCAGAAGUUAACAAAGAUGCAAUCAAGAAAUUUACACUCUCAAAAAUGGAUGAAAUUGCAAUAGACUGGACUAUACGUUAUGGUCAGCGCCUUGGUCUACUCCUUUACUCAUCAAGUUCCAGCGAAGAAAAACGUUUUAGAAAAGAUCAGUUAUCUAACAAAUCGAAAUUAGUGGAUGAACCGUUUGACUGGUUUGCAGCUACAAUAUUUCUUGUAUAUAACGCAGAUUAUCAAAGUGCAUGGGAUUUUCUAUCCAAGUUUGCUGCAUUUCCACAUUCUGUAUAUCUUUGGCCAACUAGGCGCAGACAUUUAACUGGAUUUCGUGAUUCGUUCUAUUUAAAAUCAUGUCAAUAUUUUGAGCAUUUACUAGCUAUUGAAUGUUCGAAUGUAUUUAAUACAUUUGUCAUGUCAGAAAUUAGUCCAGUUCAAAUAUAUUCACGAUGGAUAAAUCAAUGUUAUUGGAAUUAUUUUGAUUGGCUAAAUAUUAUGAAUUAUUUGCUUUUAUGUCUACUGAAUCCAAUCCAAUUUCAAAUUUAUACCAAUGUAUGCAUUAUGAAGCAUCUUGGCCCGGUAUUUUUGCAGACUACAAAUGAACAACCAACAAGCCAAGAACAACAACCAGAGCAGCUGAUUGUAUUCUUGCAGGAAGAGCCAAUAAGAGGAUUUGACUGUGCCAAAUAUCUUUCAUAUAUGUAUGAAUUGGAUCAAAAGUAUACUAAAUUGCUCAGCAUGGAUUUAAUAAAAACAGAUGAUUCACUUGCUGAAAUAUCAUCAUUAUCCUUUUUACAAGUUAAAGAGGAAGGAGAGAAGAAUGCAGGAAAGAAAACAAUUAACUGA